GUUUUCAGAAUUGUGGCAUCGACUUGGUUCCGAAGUCUCGGUUCUCAUGACAUCCCUGAUUCCAUCUAUGUGCCUUUUUACAAUAAUCCAGUACAUUGUUAGGGCUGCUAAUAUUACAGAGUAUUCUUACUCUUCCACUUCUCACAGAGUUCCCACACAGCUCAGUUCUACCCCUCAACAAUUUACUCAACAAUAAGUUUGGGAAAGAACCACCGACACCUCACGUUCAACCAGACACAUUCUUGUAACGUCACUAAAGUCAUGUCUAAACAUGAGGAAACAACACCUGACAAACAGCUGCAGGAGGAGGAGCAACACAGGAGGAAGGAGAGCUUCACUCACACUGCAGAAGUGAAAGUAAAGUUUGUCAGAGUGGAGCCACGCUGCAGUCGAGACAAGUCUCAGUUUCUCUCUAAAACAAACUGAAUUCAUCAGAUCUUUGUCAACAACACAGCAGAGUCUCUGCCAAACACUGGUCUUUGUCAACAACACAUCAGAGUCUCUGCAACACUGAUAUGGCUAGCUGUCUGCUGUUUGAAGAGCCAGUUCCUGUGCUCCAUCUGUCUGGAUGUGUUCACUCAUCCAGUCAGUACACCCUGUGGACACAACUUCUGCAAAGACUGCAUCAAUGCACACUGGAAUUUUAGUGACAAGUACCUGUGUCCCAUGUGUAAAGAGACUUUUACCACAAGACCUGAUUUGAGAGUCAACACUUUGCUCUGUGAGAUGGUUGCUCAGUUCAGAGAGUCAGAGCAACAGAAAACCAGCAGCAGCAGCAGCUCACAGCAACAAGUUGCCAAACCAGGAGAUUUUCCCUGUGACGUCUGCACUGGAACCAAACUGAAGGCUCUGAAGUCCUGUCUGGUGUGUCUGACCUCCUACUGUGAGACUCACCUGGAGCCUCAUCUCACAGCGUCAAGCCUGAAAAGACAUCAGCUGAUCGACCCUGUGGGGAAUCUGGAAGGCCGCAUGUGUACGAAGCACGAUAAACCUCUGGAGCUGUUCUGUAAGACCGACCAGACAUGUGUCUGCAUGCUCUGCUCUGCUUUAGACCACAAGAUGCAUGAUGUUGUUCCUAUGAAAGAGGAAUAUGAAGGAAAGAAGGCCGAGCUGGGGAAGACAGAGGCUGACAUUCAGCAGAUGAUCCAGAAGAGACGACUGAAGAUUCAGGAGCUCAAACAGUCAGUCAGCUUUAACAAGAGAAAUGCAGACAGAGAGGUGGCAGAAGGUGUUCAGGUCUUCAAUGCUCUGAUAGAGUCUGUUGAGAGAAGACUGGACGAGCUCAUCAAGACGAUCAAAGACAAGCAGAAAACAACAGAAAAAAAGGCAAAAGCUUACAUCAAAAAGCUGGAACAGGAAAUCUCUGGGCUGAUGAAGAGAAGUGCUGAGGUGGAGCAUUUCUCACACACAGUUGACCACCUACAUCUUCUCCAGAGUGUCCAGUCCUUAAACAUCAAACACCCACCACCCACCAAGGACUGGACAAAGGUCAGAGUCUGUCCAUCAUAUGAGGGGACUGUGGUGAGAGCUGUGGCUCAGCUGGAGGAGACACUCAGUAAAGAGAUGAAGAAGCUGCUUGAAGCUGAGCUGAAGAGGGUCCAGAAGUAUGCAGUGGAUGUGACUCUUGAUGCUGAUACAGCACAUCUUGACCUCUUCCUGUCUUGUGAUAGAAAAGAAGUACAUCCUGUUAAGGCUAAGAAUUAUCUCAAACAAGAUAAUCCAGAGAGAUUUUCUGUUUGCGUUUGUGUUUUAGCAAAUCAGAGUUUCUCAUCAGGAAAAUUUUAUUAUGAGGUUCAAGUUAAAGGAAAGACUGGAUGGGAUUUAGGAGUGACCAGAGAGUCGAUCAACAGGAAGGGACAAGUCCCACUGAGCCCUCAGUAUGGUAACUGGACUAUAUGGUUGAGAAAUGGAAAUGUCUACGAAGCUCUUGAUGACCCUUCAGUCCUUCUCUCUCUGAAGUCUCAGCCUCAGAAGGUGGGGGUGUUUGUGGAUUAUCAGGAGGGUCUGGUCUCCUUUUAUGACGUAGAUGCUGCAGCUCUCAUCUACUCCUUUACUGGCUGCUCCUUCACUGAGAGUCUCUUCCCGUACUUCAGUCCUGGUGUUUGGGGUGGUAAAAACUCUGCACCUUUAAUCAUCUCUCAUGUCAGAGUCAAGUAAUCACUUAUCUCAGAGGUCUUCUGGGGGGGGGGGUGUGCAAUGCACACAUUCAGUAUUAAUUGAAUAGCUUAGUAUAGAAUGCACAAUAACAGGAUAGCUAUGUGUAUACAUGGCACUAGGUCCAGUUAUAUAUAGUAGGGGGUCCCUGCUCCAUCUCUCCAUCAGUUUGGGGGUCCUUGGCCUGAAAGACAUUGAAGACCCCUGACUUAUCUUAUUUCAUGUAUUGUUUUAUUUUUAUUCAAGUGUAAAUAAUUAGUUUGAAUAUUGUGUAGUUUAUAUCUUAUUUUCUCCAGAAUCUGUUAACUGUGGUAAUUGAUUUACACUUAUUAUUUGGAUUUUAUUUUUAUUAUAUGUAUCCCAUUAUAUAGGCAAGACAUUGUUUUUGAUGCAUUCAUCUCUUCAACAUUGCAUCAUGACCCUAUAUGUGAAGAAUAUCUGUUUAACCUUCUGUUAAACUCACAGACAUUUAUUUUCACGUCCAUCUGAAAUCACCCUGCUGAACUUGAAUUAAAUGUAAAAAUAAAAAAAGGUGCAAAAAUAUUUAGACUUUAAAAAAAAUUAUAUUAAAUGUUUAGCCAAAGAAAACAUAUUGCUUAAUAUUUCAUUGUGUCAUAAAGCAUUUGUGUACAGAAUACAGUAAGUGUUAUUGGUAUAUCGGACAUAACAAGUCAAUGGACAAAGUGUAUUAAUAGAAUAGAUGCUAAUGGUAUUUUCUAUUUAGUCUGAAAAGUGUUUUAGUUAAUUACUGGUCAAUUUGGCCAUUUUUGAUUUGUAUGUGAAUAUUGGUAAAAUGGCUUGUGAGUCAAAGAAAUCUGUAUGUGACUGUAAAAUGUAUACCAGUUGUUAGUCACAAGGCCCGAGUAAACAGUGACUUGAGCACCAAACACAGAUAUGAGUUGUAUUUCUUGUGUUUCCUGUGGCUUCUUCAAAAUAAAAGCCCCUCUGUGUUUUACUA